UUUAAAUUUUCUAUAAUAAACGUAUUUCUAUGGCGACAUCUUGAAAGCAACUCAGUGCGUUUGUUAAGGAGUCCAUUUGAUUCAUUUUUUCAGAGAGACAAAGGUCGCAUCUUCUUGUUCCACAUCUGUGCGGGAAUGCUCUUGUAGCGAUGAUAAUUCCAGGCAGGAUUUAAACCAGUGACCAUUGGGUUAGCGCCCCACUUUUCUGCCAACUGAGAUAUUGCUUCGACGGUGAGACAAGGUUGGAAUUUCCUGUAGUGAGAUCACUGCCAUCUACCGUGUGGACACAAAUGAAUUGAAUAAAUAAUGGCAGAUAAGAAAGAAGACGAUAUUGGUCAAGGUGCAACAGAGGAAACAGAAGCUGAGAAGAGAGCACCAAACAGUCAAGCACAUAGCUUUCUGAUGGAUCAAGAUUAUAUGGAAGAAGUGGAAGAUAAUCUUUUAAAACUGCUAGACGACUUUAAGAAAGGAAAGCUUAAUGCUUUCGAUGAAAAUUGCAGUUUGGAUAAAAUGGAUCAAAUAAAAACUCAACAAGAAGAUCUAGCACAACUUCACUUCGACUUAGAAAAUGAAGAUGAAACAAAAGAAGCUUUAUCAGAGGACGAGCGUGCAAAAUUAAGUCAAGAGAAGAUGGAUAAGCUAAUGAAAAAUAUGGAAACACUUUGUUCUUCUGUUCAAAGUAUGCGUCGACAUUCUGACACAGAUUAAUGUACACGUGCAAACUCCCAGCAUGAUCACAAACAGCUACUUCUGGCACUAAUGAACAUAAAAAUGACUAUAUAAUAUGAUCUUAUAUUUUUCAUGUGCUAGUAAUAACACACCAAAUGUUACGUCCUCUUAAAUAUGUCCUCUCCUGAGGAAGCAUUAUAAUUAAUUUCGGUGUGAUUACUUCUGGCUAAAUAUUUUAGAAAAUAUAGAAGGAGAAAAGCAAACCUCUCUUGUUAUAUAUGUUAACAUUUAUUAGGACUUUGUGUGAAUAUUUAUACAUUAUAAUGAAUUUUAUUUGUAUUAUGUGUACGUGAAUAAGUUAUAAAUAUAUAUAUUACUGUAAUAUUACUGUA